AUGAUCCCAGAUCCCUACAAAAUUAUUUUCUCCGUUCCGUACUGUCUAAAUAAUAAUCUCUUUCGUUUUCUCACGUAAAUAAGAAGGAAAAAAAAAAAAAAGUAAAUAUAUAUAUCAAGAGAGAUUUUUGUUUAAACUUGACGUCGGCAAUGGCGGAAGAUUUUGCAAGGGCGGUGGAGGACGGGCUAAAGCUAGGGAAACGGAUAUACAUGGGGAAAGACAGAGCGGUACAGCCUCCGAAGCCGCUACCACUAAUGGAGCGGUCAAUGCAUUUUUACUUGCCAUCGGCUCCGAUGGUGUAUGCGGUUAUAUCCGACCCGAGGAUUGUCGACAACCCGGAUAUUCCAAGUUACCAGCCUCACGUGCAUGGAAGGCUUGAUCCACCCGCAUUGAUUCCUCUACAGAUGAACGGGGUCAAUCUCGACGUUGAUUGUUAUGGCGAUUCAGCUUUUGUUCAAGUUUCUGGGAUGUGGAGGGUUCAUUGCGUUAUGCGUAGCCGUUCCUGUGAUUGUCGCAUUGCUGUCCCCAUGGGUGACGAGGGUUCAAUUCUAGGUGUUGAGAUUGAUCUUCCUACAAAAUCAUAUUCUACAGAACUGAUUGGAGUAGAAGAAAGUAACGGUAUUCAGAAUAUAGCCAGACCAGAAGAUGGACAGUUUUUGAAGCCUCAUAUAUUUACAUUAACAAUACCAAAGAUCGAUGGGGGUACUUAUAUUUCAAUGAAGCUUCACUGGUCUCAGAAAUUGUCAUAUAAUGACGGUAAGUUCACUUUGACUGUGCCCUUCAAUUUUCCUGAAUUUGUUACUCCUGCUAUAAGGCAAAUCCCAAAGAAAGAGAGGAUACAAUUGAAUGUGAACUCUGGUAUUGCAAGUGGAAUCGUGUACCAGGCAGUGAGUCAUCCUUUUCAGGAAUCAAAACGAAAUGGAGGGCAUAUUGGUCUCUUAUAUGAAGCAAAUGUUAUGACAUGGUCCCAUACUGACUUGAGUUUCUCGUAUGGUGUGUCUUCCGGUAACAUAUUUGGAGGUGCCCUUUUGCAGUCUCCAUCUUUAUAUGAUAUUGAUCAAAGGGACAUGUUCUGUAUUUGUCUUUUCCCAGGAAGUCAGCAAGGGAAGAAGGUGUUCAGAAAGGAGGUCAUAUUUGUUGUUGAUAUAAGUAGCAGCAUGCGAGGGAGGUCGCUUGAGAGUACCAAGAAUGCAAUAAACACAGCCCUUUCUAAGCUCAGUCCUGAAGAUUCAUUUAACAUUAUAGCUUUUAGUGAUGAGACUUUCCUAUAUUGCACGUCCAUGGUGUUGGCUUCCGAGGAAUCAAUUGAAAACGCCUCUGAAUGGAUGUCCAAGGAACAUAGUGAGGGGAACGGUACAAAUAUGCUUACUCCACUUCAGAAGGCAGUUGAGAUGCUAUCAAGCACACCUGGUUCAAUUCCUAUGGUUUUUCUUGUUACAGAUGGGACUGUUGAAGAUGAGAGAAAAAUUUGUGAGUGGAUGGAUAAGCGUAUGAAAAAUGGAGGGUCAUUAUGCCCACGCAUACAUACUUUGGGCAUAGGUAAAUUCUGCAAUCACCAUUUCCUGCGCAUGCUGGCUAUGCUUAGCCGGGGGGAAUAUGGUGCUGCUUGUGAUCUAGAUACAAUUGACUCUCAGAUGCAAAAACUAUUCAGUAAAGGUUUAUCUACUGUUCUUGCAAAUAUAACCAUUGAUGCAUUCGAUGAUCAUGAGCAAAUAGAGGUGUACUCUUCAUGUAUUCCAGACCUUUCAUCUGAAAGUCCAUUGACAAUAUGCGGGAGGUGCCAAGGCAGUUUUCCUGACACUCUUAAAGCUAAAGGCAUCUUAGGAGAUCUGAGUCAUGUUAUUAUUGACUUGAAGAUAGAAAAGGCUAUGAACAUAUCUCUUGACAAAAUUUCAGCAAGGCAGCAGAUUGAUCUACUCACAGCGCAGGCAUGGUUUUCAGAAAAUAAACAACUUGAGGAGAAGGUUGCAAAGUUGAGCUUAAGGACUUGCAACAUCUCCGAAUAUACCCGUAUGAUUUUACUUGAAAAAGGUAAAAUUGAAAGAGAUACAGAUACUACCGAAGCUCGAAAGGUACCAAAGAAAGGAGACGCAUGCAAACUUUUGGAUUCGGCAGAGCCCAAAAAGAUAUUGCUUCAAAUCCUUACAGUAGGCUUUGGUGAUCUGCUUGCAACUGCCGAAAACAUUUGUCCUGGAUCUGAAGAAGAAAUUUUGCCUGAAGUUGCCGAAAUGUUAAACAAGGCAACUUCAAAUUGCUGCGGUCGGCUGUGUAGACAUUGCUGUUGCCUGUGCUGCAUCCGAUGUUGUUCAAAGAUGAGUAAUCAAUGUUCCAUUUUAUUAACACAACUGUGCGGUGCUGUAGCAUGCGUUGGCUGCAGUCAACUUUGCGCACUCUGCUGCCCACAAGAAGGGUAAUAAACCCAUUCCCACAGUUUGAUCAACCUGCCAUUAUAUUAACACUGCCAUGGGCUGUUCUGGGGCUGCCUUCAAUGUUUGAAAAAUCGUUGUAUAUUGGUGUUUAUAACGACUGUUCUGCCUUGUAUAUUGGUGUUUAUAACCGACUGUUCUGCCUUGUAUAUUGGUGUUUGUAACGUGUAAAUUGAUAUUAAUUAUUAUGUUACUUUAGUUUGAAUCA